AUGUAUCAAAGGAGAGGAUCAAUUCAGGAUUGGAAUUUCCUUUUCAGAAGACCUCUGCUAGCUUGGGAGGAGGAGGAGGUUGUAAGGCUACAAGAGUUACUUAGGGAUGCACCUUCACUCACAACAGAUUCUGAGGACUCUUGCUUGUGGCUGGUCAAUUCAUCAGGUUCAUACUCUAUAGCUUCAGCAUGGAAGUGGUGGGUGUCUAUGAAAAGUUCUGCUGUUGGUGUUACUGACAUGAUGUGGAAGAAUAUUGCCCCACCCAAGGUGCAAUUUUGUGGUUGGUUAGCAUGGAAAGGUAGACUUAAAACUUCAACAUUUCUUAAGAGGAUUGGUGUGUUGAACAUGGAAGCUAGUUCGCUGUGUUUGCUGUGCAAAGCAGAGGGGGAGAUAGUUAAUCAUGUGCUACUGUUCUAUCCUUUGGUUAGGAAAGUGUGGAUUAAUAUAUUGAAAUGGUUGGAUUUGGUUUGGGUACUACCGGGGUCAGUUGAGGUUUUGUUGAAUUGGUGGGCAAGUUUCAAGUUCAAAAAGGUGGUCCAAACAAUGUGGAAAACUGUUCCCUUGGCUGUUAUGUGGUCAAUUUGGAAAGGAAGGAAUGAGUGCCUUUCUCAUGGUAAGAUUGUUGAUGGGCUAGAAUUAUCUAAACUGGUGAAAGUAAGGGUAGCACUUUGGUCUAAGCAAAGCACUAGAGGUUUGCAGUUUUUAGUGGAGGAUAUAGUCAAUAAUCUUGAUAGGAUCAAAGCCUAA